GUUCCGACAUACAAACAUGGCGUCCGCUGUACUGAAGGUUGCAGUGGCAGGUCUUUCCAGAUGUUCUCGUCUCACACUCCUGAGGACACGUUCAACAAAAGCACCCCUCCAUCAGGGCCUUCCUGUGUCACUCUGGAAGCUUGGGAGGCUGAACCACAUUGCCAUCGCUGUCCCUGACAUGGAGAAGGCCACGGCUCUGUAUCGGGACGUGCUGGGGGCCACAGUGAGUGACCGGGUGCCCGUGCCCGAGCACGGCGUCUACACAGUGUUUGUGGAGCUCGGCAACACUAAGCUGGAGCUGCUCCAUCCUCUGGGGGAGAAGAGCCCGAUCGCUGGCUUCUUACAGAAGAACAAGUCUGGAGGGAUGCACCACAUUUGUAUUGAGGUAGACAACAUUAACGCUGCAAUAGCGGACCUGAAAGCAAAGAACAUCAGAACUCUGUCAGCAGAGCCCCGGAUAGGUGCUCACGGGAAACCAGUGAUGUUCCUCCAUCCUAAAGACUGUGACGGUGUGCUGGUGGAGCUUGAAGAAGCCUGAACACCAGUCUGGCAGGAAACGUGGGAGCUGUUAAUUCACAUAUUCCAGAGUCAGUUUGCUAACAAAUGUUGAUUUUGUAAUAUUCUUUAUAGAACUUUUGAUCUCAAGCUGCCUCAAAGUUCUUCACUUUCCUCAUGUGUUGGGAAUAAAUUACAGCAUGGUGUUCAGUGGAUGUC